UUUCAACCCCCGACAGACAACUUGGACUUGGUUUUGACAUGGCAGCUCGCCGCCCUGCCGCAGGCACGGCCACAGGGUCCGAAGUCGACUUGACGCUGACGCCAUUCUGCACAGAUGAUGGUUCAGGUCACUGGAUCUUAAAUGACGAGAUCUCUCAGUUGUUCAUGAACGAAGGACAGAUUCAUCGUAAAGUCUCCCUGGUCGUCGUUUUCGAAUUGCCUGGAGCUGGCGUCGCCCUUCCGUCCGUCACCAAGAAAGGACUCUUCAUCGUGAAGAAUCCUAUCAAAGUGGACGAUGAUGGCGACCUGACGUAUCUCCUCGUCCUUCGCCAUGUGGACUUGACUGUGACCCCGCAAUGGGGUACUCUCGCGCUCCUGCUGGCGUCGCAUGCCAUAAUUGUGCGCGAAGGCCACGUCCAUUCUGAAGGGUUUCGCAACCUCAAUUUCGUAACCAAGCUCAUGGACGUAUCCAUGGUAUCGGGUGAUGCAUCAUCUAUCGUCUCCGAGUCGGCCGAGCUCAAUGCCCAACUCCUGAAGCGCCACAUGCCGAAACUCACGUAUGUCGUGGUGGACGUCGACAAGAAAGAUUGCGGUGGCAACGCGUUCCCUGCUUACUUUGAAAAGAUGUUGGCGACGCAUCCCCAGAACGAUUUUGCCACGACAAGUGUGUUGGCCAACUUUUUCACGACGCGCGACUGCAUCGGCAUCAAGUCGACCAUGUUCAAGGUCCCGAAUGCACCGUACACAGCAGCCAAGGUUGUUGGCGCCGCGACCGACGGCCACGCCUUCUAUAAACCGUUCUUUGGCCGGUACUUGUGCUGCGGCAUCCUCGUCCACUUGUUGCAUGCGGUCGUGCCGCCGUUGUCGACGAACGCGUGGGCGGCGCUGCCGUUUCGAGACCUGCUCACUGAUGUGUCCAUCGCGUACUGGCAUGAACUGACCGACAGCGCCAUUGGGACGUAUGCAGAUUGGAUGCAUGUCAAAGUCAUGCCGUAUGAACCAGUCAAGGUGGACAGUGCGAUGGUCGUCGACUUGACUGAAAUUAAGAUGGGCAUCAAGCAAAACGAAGAAGACUUCCACGUGAUCGAUCACGGCCAGGGGGACCACUCGGUGUUUGACGAGUACGGCAAUUUAAAGAAGACCAAGGUCGCCAAGGACACGUCAUCGUCGACGCUCGACGUCGGCAUCCUGCAUUUUCUCAAGCAAAAACGCGGCGGACUGCAGCGCCAAGCAUCCAUUGCGGUCGUCCGGGGACCGGCACAAGACUCGGAGGAUAGCCAGCUUGACGUAUACUUUGAGAAGAUGCGCUUGUACGAAGUCCCGGUCAAGUACAUUCAGAACCAACAGCGGGAAAAGAUGCCCCUCGACAGCCGGACGCUGGAGGCCAAGCACGCCGAGUGUGUCGCGCUCGCAACGACCGCGCUCUUCCCGUUUAUGGCAUUGUCUUCCCACGAUGACUUGAUCUUCACGGGGGAACAUUCCCUCGACGAUGCCGUCCAACACGUCCACGUAACGCUCGCCCGCUUGUACCACGAAUUCCAAACGGCAAACGCUGCGGCCUCGGCUGCCUUUUGCUCGAAACUCGUGCGGUACCUGCACGGUGUGAUCGUUGAAAAGACCCACUUGGACGACUCGUCAACAUCUUCCGUAUCGCAGUCCAAGCUCAUGCUGUUUUUGAUCGCGUAUCGAGCCAAUGUGGAGGCUCUUGUGUCGCAGUACAACUUUUUGGCCAAAGGCCCGGCGGCGCAGGCGGUGCUUACGGGAUUCCUGCAAGCCGUCGUACCAGCGCACAUUCAAAAAGCCGUCGUGGCAGCCCACCGAACGUUCGAGACGCAACAAAUGAAGCUCCAGGACACGAUUGCACAUGGCAAGCAAACGCUCGUGGCGCUCAACCAGAGUCUGGCUGAAUCCAACGGCAUCCGCAUGGAUUGCAUGCGCCGCGAAAUCGAUGGACAGCGGCUUGUGGACGAGCGAAAGGCUGAACAAGCACGGAUGGUGGAGAGCUCGAUCGCGGAAGCCGAGGCACAGAUCGCGCGAGCGCUGCGGGAAAAGGACGCUUUGUUUGCCAAGACUGUUGAAACGACACAGGCGACGGUGGCGACCGUCGAAAUCAUUGCGAAGAAGCCGAAAGAGUUCUCUGGGUACUUGUUUCGUCAGGAAGGGAGUGGCUUCCUCGGGAAAAAGUGGAAGCAGUCGUUUUUUGUGUUGAAAGAUGGGCGUUUCCUGUGCUUCAAGGCCAAGUCGUAUUACGAAGAAAAUCGCGAAAGCAUGGAGCCACCGCUCAACGUGUCCGGGUACACCGUGCUCGAGUCCCGCAGCCACGGUAACGAGUUCAAACUGGCGCCGCCUACGGCUGGCCGCACGUACUGCUUUCGGGCGCCGUCCGACGACGACAAGGAACUGUGGGUACAAAAGUUCAACGAAGCGAGUAAUUUUUAAUGUAUGCUGUCGACAAGUUUUGUCGGGAACGUA